GAAACCUUCGAAUCAAAGUCUUAAAGCCCUCCAUAUUGCCAUAUCUCCUAAUUGAAAAUUAUUUACAUCUUUACCUGCUUGGUCCCCUUCUCUCCAUAAUGAAGCUACUUUCCUUCCCUAUUUCUCUUCUCUUAUAUUCUGCCACGGUAGUCAUAGCUUCAUCCGAAGUAAUCCACCCGCAUGGCCUUGAACAGAGAGAUAUUACGGGCCACUCCGAGCUUGCAGCGAGAGCUCAAUUCACCUUUGUAGUCCAGUGCUCACCAUACAAGGGAAAGGAUGGCACGCCCCGAAAGGGUGCUAGGGAAACUUGUAAUACUAUGUGCUUUGGCACAAAGUGUCACUUUAAGAAAAAUACUUAUACUUUUGAUGGAGCCAACGAGGCCAAAAAGAGGCAGAGACGGCAAAAAGCUGGGUGCAAUCCUACUAAACAAAACAUUUGUAAAAAAAACAAAAAGUUCAGAGGAAAGACUGGCUGUGAUGAGUUUCCUUUAGCUUCAACACUGGAAGCCGACAAGGGCAAUCAGAUCUUCCGCUGCGUUCCAGAGAUUGAUAACAACAGUCAGGGCGGACAGGCGAAAAGUUUCACGGGAAAUAAGAGCCUCUGUACCAAAUUCCCGUGCAAGUUCAGCUUCAGUUUCGAAGGUGCUAAGCCUUAUAAAUACUGUGCUAGCAAACCCAAUUGCAAGAGCGACGGCAAUUUUUUCACUAAAGGCAACAAGCCGGUGAAGCGUGACCUCGAGCUAGAACCAGAGGUUGAGCAGGGUGGAUACUAUCAACUUCGCAGUGGCGCCACUAUCUACUCCCCCAGCGACCUCGAGAUCGGGAGUUUUGCUGUGCGCAAUAUUUACGCUAACCAGACCAUCGACGAAGCUGAGGCGGCUCAUCUCGAGGCUCGCGGGCUAUUUGAAGAUGGCGAUGAUGACGAUGAAGAGAUGAUUCAGGACGAGAUUAUACAGAAGCUGUAAGCUUAAGAAAAUAUUCAUCAUCAUAGUGUAUAUAGAACUAUCAUCAUGGAUAAAGGCAGGGCCAUCAACUAACCCCACAUGGCUAGCUAUGCUGCCAUAUACACUCAUUAGAUAGCUGGCUAUAACUUACUCUCCUAGUCAUACAAUGUACUAUUACUGCACUU